CGGCGGAGCCAAUCGGGCCGCCCCGCGCGGGGCCUGCUGGGUCGCGCGGUGCAUGGUGGGGUGGCGGUGGCUGUGCCGGUGACGGGCGCGGCGCAGCGAUGUGGUACGAGAUCUUGCCCUUCGUGGGCAUGACGUGGCUCUGCCUGGUGACGCCCGGCGUCUCGCUCAUCUACUUCUACCGCUACACCAAUGGCGGCAAGGAGAAGAGGCUGGCACGGGUCCCCUUCGAGUGGACGCUGAUGGAGCGGGACCGCUAUGUGUCAGGUGUGAACAUGUACCACCGCAGCAAGGGGUUGGAGAACAUAGACUAAGAAAUGAGCUUCUUGGCAGAAGAACCAUAAAAUGCAGUAUCGUUCUAAUAAAUAUGCACGUCUACAUGA